AUUGAAACGGUAGAAGAAGAACUUUUACGCAGGCGACGUAAGGAAAGGGAAACGUUUUCCAAUCGAAGAAGAAGAAGGAGAAGAAGAGGGAAAUUCAAACAAACUUGCAAAAGCUGCGGGCGACGAUAACUGUGAAAACAGAUAAAAGGAGAAUAAAUGUGAACGCAGGACUAGUGAAUAAAGCAUCUUUACAAAUGCAAAGGGCUUCCAGAUUGAAGCGUGAACUUCAGAUGCUGAGCACCGAGCCUCCUCCGGGGAUCACAUGCUGGCAAACCGAGGAACGGAUAGACGAGCUCCGGGCACAGAUCCUGGGUGCAGCAGGGACUCCUUAUGAGGGUGGACUCUUCUCCCUGGAAGUGAAGCUCCCAGAGAGGUACCCAUUUGAGCCCCCCAAGAUACGCUUUUUGACCCCUAUCUACCACCCAAACAUUGACAAUUCAGGACGUAUCUGCCAUGAUGCUCUCAAGCUUCCACCAAAGGGUGCCUGGAAGCCAUCCUUAAACAUCUCCAUAGUCCUCACCUCAAUUCAGCUGCUCAUGGCAGAGCCCAAUCCAGAUGACCCACUAAUGGCUGAUAUCUCAUCAGAGUUCAAAUACAACAAACAAAUGUUUUUGGAAAAGGCCAGGAAGUGCACACGGGAACAUGCUAUUCAGAAUAACAUGGGCGUUGUGGAAGGCAACAAAGAAAACACUCCAGAUCAGAAGUCACGAAAGAGGGAGUCUGACGGCUCCCAGCACUUUGUAGCCGAGCAGGCAAAGAAAACACGUCUGUAGGACACACUUAUUACCCCCCCCCCCCAAAACUGCAUCAAGAAUGUCUUUAGAACCUCUCUGCUUUAAACAUAUUUGUAUUAUUUUAUACUGUCUGAUUUCUUCGUUAUACAGAUACAGAGGCAUGUUUAUGUAUGUUUGUGUUGUGAUAUAUUAUAAAGUUUAUUUUCAACAGUCA